AUUUAGAGAUUCGGAUGCAUAUAUCGUAUUCAGAUAGCCGGCCAUCCCGGAGCUCCACCACAGUCACCGGACUCUCUUCUCUCUCUCUGUAAAAACUCCAAUGGCGUUGUGGGCACCAGCACAGAACCUCUCUGUAGUCUUCUCAGCCAAUGGGUCUGAAGCAAGAAUGAGAGGAAUGUGGAGAAGAAGAGACUCAGUGGUGGUCAGAACGGCGUCGUCUGAGGUGUCGAGCAGUGGAGGUGGAGAAAUGGCGGCGUACGAGGAGGGGCAGCUGGAGCGACCCAAUUGGGCAGGAGAAACCCCUUUGUCUCGGCUUGUUGGAGCUAUCAUUUCCUUCAAACCUCUCUAUUCUGUUCUCAAGCUCGGUGCCAGACAAGUUCUUAUCAGUACAGCUGAGAAAACAAAUAUACCAUGGCGAGAAAUGACGAACGAGAUUCUGGAGUCAGAUGUUUACAAGGAGAUGGAAAGCAUCGAGAACCCUUCGGUCGUAUACCCAGAUUAUUAUUCGAAUCCCUUCCAUGCAUAUGAUGAGGGCAACCUUUCAUGGCUGGCUGCAGCAGAAGCAGAAGCUGCAACUAUGUCAAUGGUGAGGCGAGCGACCCCUGAUGCCUCUUCAUUAGAAGAAGCAAAUAAAAUAGUACGUGGGAAUUGGCUUCAAGCGAUUGAGCGGCAUCAUCUACAGUAUUCAGGAAAUUCCACGGUCAGAGACAUUCUAGAUGUUGGAUGCUCUGUAGGUGUCAGCACCAGAUUUCUUGCUGACAAAUUUCCUUCAGCUAAAGUCACUGGCCUGGAUUUGUCACCCUACUUUCUUGCUGUAGCUCAAUUUAAGGAAAAGGAAAGAGCUUCAAGAAAGAACCUGAUCAACUGGGUACAUGCAAAUGGGGAAGAUUCAGGCUUGCCUUCUAAAUCAUUUGACAUUGUCUCAAUGGCUUAUGUGCUUCAUGAAUGUCCGGCACGAGCCAUAGUUGGCUUGGUGAGAGAAGCCUUCCGGCUGCUUCGGCCUGGAGGCACGAUUGCUUUGACAGAUAAUUCACCGAAGUCAAAGGUCCUUCAGGUCAUGGACAUAGAAGAGAAGAUAUCGAACAAUCAGGAAGGCGUUGAUGACAGCGAAGAGACUGAAGCAGUAGAGCUCAUCCUCUUUCAAGUCUCUGAAUGCUAUGUUUAUUUGAUACCCCCAAGGAAAAGUGCAGCUUCCUACAGGGCUGAUGAAUGGAAUGUCAACAAAUGGGCCUGGGAGGGGACACUGAAAGUUGUUAGCAAGGGAGAAGAAUGCAUUAUCAAACUUGAAGAUAAGAAAACAGGUGAAUUAUAUGCUCGGGCAUUUUUGAGAAAUGGAGAGCCACAUCCUGUGGAGCCUGUAAUUGAUAGCAGCAGAUACUUUGUUCUUCGCAUAGAAGAGAACAUUGGUGGUCGUCUUCGACAUGCUUUCAUUGGCCUUGGGUUUAGAGAAAGGCCGGAAGCUUAUGACUUCCAGGCAGCCCUGCAUGACCAUAUGAAAUAUCUGAACAAAAAGAAAACAGCUGAAGAGAUGGAACAGCAUUACCAGAAAGCUUCAUCUGUGGAUUACAGUUUAAAAGAUGGGGAGACUCUAGUUCUACAAAUAAAGAAUAAAAGUGGGCAUGGGGUGAAGUCCAAGUUUUUUGAGCAGCAAAGUAUGAACAAUCUCUCACUGGAAGAAAAGACCAACCAAAAAGAGCCAAUUUGUAUCAAACCCCCGCCACCUCCACCAGGACCACUUUCACCUGCUGCUAAGGGCCCAAAUUCCCCAUCAAACUGGGUACCAAAUUUCAACCUCGAGGGAACUUCCAAAGAUGAGGCCCAAGACUCCAUAAGAGAAUCAAAAGAACCACCUUCUCUUGAAAAGCAAGGCCCCCAAGAUACACCAGAUGAUGACUUCGGGGAUUUUCAAACAGCAGGAUAGUUUGAUUUUGUUUAUGUAUACACUCAAAUGCCUGAAUUUUUUUAGUUUCUGUUUUUCUGAAUGGUUUGAUGUAUGUGGUGGUGGUUGCAGUUGUAUCAGUAUCCCCAAUGAAAAUUUCCCUUUUUCUGCUA